UCAAAACACUGAACGGUUGAUAUAUAGUAGUGCAAUUAUUUCCAGUCAACGAAAUAUCGAGUCAUGCUUGCUAGCCUGAAGCAAAGUGUUGAAUUUUAAAAAGUAUUGCAGUGAAUGAAGAACGCGACGAAAAUCGAUGCCCCCUAAAGCAGGAUCUGUGCUACAAUUUGUGGGUAUAUUGGAAUCGAGUGGUACAUUUUCGCUACCUCAAAUCCAGCACCGGAGCUGACUCAACGGUGACACUGAUUCGCGAUAAAAUCCAAAAGAUUUCUGGGAUUUGUUUCCGUUCGUUUCUACCACCUGGCAGGACGUGCCAAGCCGAAGACAUGCCGAAUAUGAAAAAAAACGGUGAUGCUGAUGUUGCGACAAUCGAGCUCGAACCGAUAGCCGAAGAAGCUAACGCUGCUUCAGUGGCCUCUGUUGAAAAUGGAAAUACGGAUGAUACAUCGAACGAGGCCACAGAGUCUCCUGGCAAUGAGAAACCGUUAUUGUUGAGCCGUCGUAAAGCCAAGAUGAACCGCGUUUAUCGCCGCAGUCGGAGCCGCGGAUGCAGUCCAGCGCGUGUGACUUACCGCUCGAUACGAAACAAGAGUCCGAGUCGCUGCAUGCGCAAUAUGGCGGCGGUCGUUCAAACCGCUCUGACUGCGGAUGAUGCUGCUGCGAACUCUACGCAACCCCAUUCAUGUCCCAAUAACCGGAUAAAUUCCGGCACGAAUUCCACUCGACAUACCAAUCUUGAGGAGACGUCAGUCGUCGACAACGCUACGAAUGAAAACGGCGAUGGCGACGAUGCCAAAGAGAGAAACGAAAGGGAAGACCAGACAAAGUGUACUUGUCAUUGCAACGAGAACGUCGAAAGCACGAAAACAUCGAAAAAACGUCGCGUCACCGAAACGUUGUUCGGCGUAGCGAGCGGCGUGUGUCGUUUCGUUCGUUAUCCGCUGAUGGUUAGCACCAAUGCUGCGACUCUUUAUUUAGUCAUGAACUCUCUCGGCUUCAACGGGCUGGAAUACGCGUCGCGUGCUGUCUCAAUGCUUCAGCCGCUGGUUGGCCCACUGCUCUCGUCUAAUCACGUUGUCCAGGCGGUUACAAGUGUAGGCCAAAAUGUCGGUGGCUCGAUUCCCGCAGCACUGGCCUCAAGCCAAUACUUGGGUUCAGGAACGUUCAAAUAGAUACCGCAAUUGAUUAUUUUUUUUUUUUCACAA